AACCUCGUGUGGUCAGACACCCUGGGAAGUAGGUUGACCCUCAGUGGGUGUGGUCAGCCCUCAUGAUGCUGGGGUAGACAGAAGUUAGAGGAAGCACCAUUUGACUGAGAUCUAAAGCUGCGCCUACACUGAGCUGGCCUCUGCUUUUCCCUGCCAAGUACUAAUGUUUUCACAUCUUAUUUUCAACUGUGUCCUGCUGCUGUUGCUACUGCUACUUGCAAGGUCUUUGGAAGAUGCAGUUAUAGUUGAGGUCGGUAAGAAUGCGUAUCUGCCCUGCGACUACACUCUACCUGCCUAUGGGACACCUGUGCCUGUGUGCUGGGGCAAGGGACCCUGUCCUUGGUCACAGUGUGUCAACUGGGUCCUUGGCACUGAUGAAAGAAAUGUGACAUAUCAGAAAUCCAGAAGAUACCAGCUAAAGGGGAAUUUCCUCAAAGGAGAUGUGUCCCUAACUAUAGAGAAUGUGACUCUAGCUGACCGUGGGACCUACUGCUGCCGGGUACAAUUCCCUGGUCCAGGGAAUGAUAAAAAAGUAAACGUGAAAUUAGACAUCAGACCAGCCAAGAUCGCCCCAGUUGUCCCUGCUCGUGGAUACCCUACUCCAACUUCUCCGAGAACCCUAACCACCAAGGGAGAUGGCUCAGAGACACAGACUCUGGGGACCCUCCAGGAUAAAAACCUAACGCAAACUUCUACAUGGACCGAGGAAAUGAAGGACUCUGCAGAAACCAUCAGAACGGCUGUGUAUAUUGGAGUAGGAGUCUCUGCUGGGCUGGCCCUGGCCCUCAUCCUUGGUGUUUUAUUCCUUAAAUGGUAUUCUUAUAAGAAAAAGAAGUUACAGAAUUCAAGCCUCAUCACACUGGCCAACCUCCCUCCAGUGGGGCUAACGAAUGCGGGAGCAGGCAGAAACCGGUCAGAGGAAAACAUCUAUACCAUCGAGGAGAACAUCUAUGAAAUAGAGAACGCCAAUGAGUACUAUUGCUACGUCACCAGCGGGCAGCCAUCUUGACCACCCCUGGGCUCGCACUUUUUAAGGCUCCCCUUCAUUUUCGACUUUGCUAUUUUCCGUUUUGAAAACUAUGAGAUAUAACACCUGAAGAGUUUGGGAGGUUCUGGCCACCAAGAAAAGUGUCCCUGUUUUCUAGGGAUAAUUAGCUCAGAAGGGGAUUCAGCUGUAACCUAUGCUAUAUGGAAAUGCAUCGUUACCUCUUGAGUUCCAGGGACAGGAUCUUCCCCCAACCCAGAGAGUGCUAAUCAUGGAUGCUGAAGCUCACAUGUGCCUUCACCCAUUAGGAAUGCUUAGUCUGGUGUCUCUGGAGUACCUGGACAUUCAGGAUUGUGGUGUGUCCCCAAAACUCUUCAACAGGUCAGAGGAAUGUUAGGCUAAGUAAGGUAGAUAGGUGCAGGUCUGUGUGGAUGCAGGAAAUAUGAAGUGGCCACUAAUUUUUCUAGAGAUUUCGGACUUUGACCGAUUAAGAAAAAGUCAGGUGGCACAGGUGGCACAUGCUUAUAAUUACAUAACUUAUGUCUGAGGAAAGAGGAUCGUGAGUUCAAGGCCACCCUGGGCUCUGAUGAUAGACUUUGUUUUAAAAACAGAAGAGAAAAAAAAAUCAAGCAAACACACAGGGAGGCUGGAAAGAUGGUUCAGACAGUGAAGCGCUUGUGCAAGCAUGAGGAGCCGGAGUCUGAUCCCAGAACCCACACGGAAAAGCUAGGCGUGCUAAAUGCAUGUCUGUAAACUCAGAGAUGGGGAAGUGGAGACAGAGCAGGUCCCUGUGGCUUGGUUGCCAGGCAGCUUAACCUUGUUGGUGAGUUCCAAGUCACUGAGAGCCCCUGUCUCGAAAUAAGGUGGACGGUGUUCCUGAGGAAAAACAAUGGAGGUUGCCCUCUGAUCUUCCCACACACAUUUGAAUGUGCAUACGCACAUAUGUGGUCACACAUGAGAUAAAUAAAGAAAGGAAGGAUGAGAACAGGACGAGACAGUAAUUAAGGUUCUCUCUGGACCUUCUGCCUAUAUGCAAUGUUGUAUCUUUACACGACCCGCCCCCAUCUCAGUCCCAACAACUUCUGAGUGGGAGCGUGGUGGUGCAGACCUGUCAUUAAUUCCAGCCCUCAGAAGGCUGAAGUAGGAGCAUGGAGAGUUUGUGAGCAUUCUGUGCUAUGGGGCCAGACCCCCCUUCACAACAAGCAAAGGUUCCUCACGGGCCUGCUGACUGUAAAAGGAAACUCCCCUUGCCGAAGUCCAACCUUGGCGGUUGUGUGCUCAGAGGGAAGCACCUCUGACAACUUCUCCAUUCCCAGAGGAAACUGGGGCUGUGUUUCUCACAGAAGAAGAACCAGCACCUGGGAUGCUCAUGCUGUUUCCUAAUUGAAAGAAGGAAGAGUCCUGGCUGCAGUCUGUGUCGUCAGCCUCAGACCUUCCACUACAAGGACAGUGGUCACAAAGCCAAAUUUCUAAGCUGGUGGAGAUCCAUUUUGUCUGGCUUAUGAUGGUCCAUUCAGUGCCUUGGUUUGUGUUGGUUCCCAUAUGUAACAGAACCUAAUUAAAUAGCCCAGAGUCAAAAAAUUAAAUGAGCAGAAAGAUA